UAUAUAUGGGACACUGCACCUGACUUGAAAGUGCUUGAAAGUUGAUAUUGGAAUUAUUGGUGAAAGAUUUAGUAAUUAGAAGUAUCGCAAAGUAUUUUGCUGAAUUAAAGUCUUUCGAGAUCAGGCACCGAGGCAUCAUUCGGUUGAGAAAAUCUAGACAGUAGCGUAUCAGGGAAGCAUAAAACUCAAAAUUUUUGGUACAACCGAUCAAGAUAUUUUAACGGAAGACAAACAAGUAUGGAAGCGAAAGAAGUUCCUGUCGAAGAUGAAGCUGAGGAUACUUCUGAGAUUCUCCCAGAAAAGAAACAGACGGCAUCACCAUCAUACUUUUUAUCAUAUAUUAAAAGCUAUUGUGAAACACAGGUCAAGUCCACUACAUUAGAUCACACAUGGAAAAUUGAGCAAUUUGUGCAUCUUUGUAAGAUAUAUGAUACGUUUUUUUCUCCAUCAUUUUCAGAAAACGGUCAAUACACAAUUGAAGUAGUUUCACAUAGAAUUGAUCAGUUUCCAAAUACAGUAAGAUUUUAUAUUCUUACCAAUAAAGUAUUUCACGGUUCAUGUGUUACUACUAUAAAAUAUCCGCUUCAUACAGUUUUAUCAUCAAAGUCGAUUAUGGGUCGUAUAUCGAACAAGACAUUUACAUUGCAAGUUCGACAUUUUUCGUAA